AUGAUGAAUCCAGUGCUGCAACCACCGCUGUCCUUGACAUCGGAAAUCCCCUUCUCGUCGGAGCCAGAAUGCAUCGACCAUAUCGGCGCGCAUGCAACUCAUAGCUCCUUCGUAAGCGUACCCGAUCAGCUCAGGCGCGACGGCAGCUUAGCACACUCGGGGACCGAUCUUCACCAGGCCUCGAUUGCAGGCCGCUACGGUACACAUCGUCCCGAUAGUGGCUAUCAGGGAAGUGCAACUCUUUCGGAUUCAGGAUCGGCCUCCAUAUCUACUUCGCCGAGCUCAAACGCCUCUUCAGCGCUUGCAUUCUCGUCGUACUCGCCACUCCAUACGACUGUAGGAGCGGGCUUCCCCCAGUACCAGAUAUCAUUCAACCCUGCUUGCCCGUUUGACGGCAUGGCCCCAAGUCGACGACUGAAUGAUGCAUCGUCGGCGACCAUGUUACCUACUACAGCGAGAUCAACAGGCCUAGGCCAUUCAGUGUCACCGUCCAUGGGCCCAUUGCCUAGGGACAACUACACGACAGGGACAUCCACCAUACCGCAUAGAUAUUCACACAACCUGUCCACUCGCCCCGAUUUACCCCAUUACAACUCGCACCCCGACACCCCCCGGAGCAUGCUUUCGACAACUAUGCCCUUAAAUCAUUACAGCAGCAAUGGCUAUCACACAGCCGCCUACGGGCCGCCUUCAGGUUCACCUGAGUCACCGCCCUUCAACGCACAACAAACAUAUGCCACCAUUACCUGUGAAGGCUCACCAGUAGCCCCCAGUAUUGACGCCAAAAUCGAGAAGGGAUUUUUCUACUCAUCUGAUAACGUCUGGACGUGCUAUCGCCGCAACUACUUUUCGGUAAAUGUAUCAUAUCGCCUCUCACCUUGGAGGCCCAACUUGUGUCUUUACCUGGACCAAAACAAUGGGAAACAACCUGAGAAGAUACAGUCCAUGGCAGUAUCUCUUGCUGCUGCCGUGGACGGAGCAUCUGGAAAGACAAUUGAGCUGAUACAACACACUCCAAAGCGUGACAAGGGCCCUCAACUGCCCAUGAAAAAGGAAUUGCUGGCACCAACACCACCCGGAAAGGGUCACAAGCAUGGCGGAUAUGGGCUACACAGUUUCCCGCAGCCGUCGGCCAUGGCAGGCCCUCAAUUGCCGUUGCAAAACGAAAACGACUCGUCGCACCAAUACUCUCCAGCGAGCCACGCCAACGGCAACUACCAGCACUCAUUUGAACGCAUCCAGUUCAAGUCAGCAACAGCCAACAAUGGGAAACGCAGGGCACAGCAACAAUAUUACCAUCUGAUUGUCGAGCUGUAA